AUGAAACGGGGUAAAUAUCUUGUUCUGCUAGGAUUGUGGGGUAUUGCCGUUACCAGUACAAACUUUGAUUUUGUCUCAACUCAUGCCGGGCCGCUGUUGGAGGCCUACACUCCGCACUUUGUUGUUCAGAAUGAAGACGUCAAUUUCAAUGAACUCCACGAAUAUCUUACUCGACUUGAAGGCACCAACUUGUCGUCAUCUAGCCUGAGAGGCCAAGCAGAAGCUUCAACCACUGAUCACACGCCUGCGCAGAUGCUGAAUGAAUCUCGUAGAGCCUACACAAAACACUUAAUGGAAUCUCCUGGGGCUUGUCCACCAGCAAUGUCGAAGAGUGGGGAUUGUGGUCAAAGUCUCAACAUGAGAUUCGAUGAUGGAUCCAAGAGUGAAGAUUCCGUCACCAAUAAAUCUUCAAAAAUCCUUCUGGCCACCAGCACAACGGAUGAAUACACCCCCGAAAUCUUUAAGGAAAUGAGUGCGUGUCAAGUGAUGGAUGAGUUGAUUGAUUACAAUCUCGACGAUUAUUUUGAUUUCAUGGAAAGUGGUGCGCGAUUUCAAUCUAUUUUUAAAGCAGACAAUGGUCAGUUCUAA